AUGCGGGAGAACGGCGCGGCGACUGACCCAGGGCUCAGAGCCCCGCCGGGUCUGCCCGCUCCCGUCCCCGCCCCGCGGCACUGCGACAUGGCGGCCGCCGCCCGACUCUUCCUCUGUUUGCUGGCGGCCCUGAGCGCGGGCUUCGCGCUCUCCUCCGUGGCAGCGGCGGUCCCCAGGCUCCGCACUCGCAAGACGGCGGGGCCCGGAGAUGGCAUGAAUGUCCUGUUUAUAGUUGUGGAUGACCUGCGUCCUGUUUUGGGUUGUUAUGGAGAUAACCUUGUGAAAUCUCCAAACAUUGAUCAACUUGCUUCUCACAGUAUUGUGUUCAGCAAUGCAUAUGCACAGCAAGCUGUGUGUGCUCCAAGUAGAGUGUCCUUCCUUACUGGACGCAGACCUGACACUACCCGGCUGUAUGACUUCUACUCCUACUGGAGAGUGCAUUCAGGAAACUAUUCCACAAUGCCCCAGUAUUUCAAAGAGAAUGGCUAUGUGACCAUGUCUGUGGGGAAAGUUUUUCAUCCUGGAGUUUCAUCCAACUACAGCGAUGACUAUCCAUACAGCUGGUCCAUUCCACCCUUUCAUCCUUCUACUGAAAAAUAUGAAAAUGAUAAGACCUGCAAGGGAAAAGAUGGAAGACUUUAUGCUAACUUGGUGUGCCCAGUAGAUGUGACAGAAAUGCCCGGUGGUACUCUGCCUGAUAUUCAAACCACUGAAGAGGCCAUACGCUUACUGAACGUUAUGAAAACCAGGAAGCAAAAAUUCUUCCUGGCUGUUGGCUACCAUAAGCCACAUAUCCCUUUGAGGUAUCCACAGGAAUUUCUGAAGUUGUACCCCCUGGAAAACAUCACGUUAGCUCCAGAUCCCUGGGUGCCUGAGAAACUGCCUCCUGUGGCAUACAACCCCUGGAUGGAUAUCAGACAGAGGGAUGAUGUGAAAGCAUUAAAUGUUACCUUCCCUUAUGGACCACUUCCAGAUGACUUCCAGAGGCUGAUUCGUCAGAGCUACUAUGCAGCAGUUUCUUACCUGGAUAUGCAGGUCGGCCUGCUCUUGAAUGCUUUAGAUGAUGUAGGACUCUCAAGUAGCACGAUAGUAGUUUUUACUGCUGAUCAUGGAUGGUCCCUGGGAGAGCAUGGUGAAUGGGCAAAAUACAGCAAUUUUGAUGUUGCUACCCGAGUGCCGCUGAUGUUUUAUGUACCAGGAAUGACGACUUCCUCUGCUAGUCGAGGAGGGAGAGUCUUCCCCUACCUUGAUCCCUUUAGCCAUAUUUUAGGCUUGGUUCCGCAAGGACGAAGCGAAAAAAUGGUGGAGCUUGUCUCCCUAUUUUCAACGCUUGCUGAACUUGCUGGCCUGCAGGUUCCUCCUGCAUGCCCACAGACUUCAUUUCGUGUUGCACUGUGCACUGAGGGGGCAAGCAUUGUCCGGUAUUUUAAGUCCUCUGAACAGACGGUACAGAAGGAGGAUGUUUGUAAUGACACUAAGAGGUGUUACAAUGAAGAACCUGUUGCUUUCAGCCAAUAUCCCCGGCCUGCAGACACUCCACAGUGGGACUCUGACAAGCCGAAGCUAAAAGACAUCAGAAUCAUGGGCUAUUCCAUGCGUAUGGUUGGCUACAGAUACACUGUGUGGGUUCGGUUCAAUCCUGAGAACUUUAGUGCUGACUUUGAGGAUGUCCAUGCAGGAGAGUUGUAUAUGAUGGUGACUGAUCCAAACCAGGAUAAUAACAUCUAUAACAAUACCUUGCAUGGUCGUCUUUUAAAAAAAAUUGUUGACUUCCUGAAGCAUUAGGCAUCAGGAGCUUUGUGUGGAGCACUUGCUUUUUUUGCUGUGACACCCUUCUGUUGUGCAGAAAGCACAUGGACUGAAUUAAAAUCCUAUUUGUAAAAAAAACA